AUGGCCUCACAAGAGGGUCUCACGCGUCGACGUGGGGCUGGCGCUCCUGCUGCUCCCGUUAAUGGAGAUGACGAGUCGUCCAGCCGUGUCACUUCGCCCGGCCCAGGGCGGGGAAACUCGUACCUAGAUAGGACUCCCGAGACAGCCUACGAGAGUGGAGAGAAUGGACACAAGAUCGCGUACGAUCCUCGAGAUAUUAGCGAGAACGAGGAGCGGUCUAAGGGUCCGAAGCUUACUCUGAUGGAAGACGUUCUACUGCUGGGACUCAAGGAUAAGCAGCAGGGAUACCUUUCGUUCUGGAAUGACAACAUCUCAUACGCCCUUCGCGGUUGCAUUGUCAUCGAGCUGGCUUUCCGCGGCAGAAUAAGCAUGCAAAACGACUCGGCCCGGCGACGGUUCCCUCUCUCCGACCGCAUUAUCGAGGUUAUAGACGACACACUCACCGGUGAAGUCCUGCUCGACGAGGCUUUGAAGAUGAUGAAGUCCAGUGAGAAGAUGAGCGUAAGCUCUUGGAUCGAUCUAAUGAGCGGCGAGACCUGGAACUUGAUGAAAAUUGGCUAUCAACUCAAACAAGUCCGCGAACGGUUGGCAAAAGGCCUGGUCGACAAGGGCAUCCUCCGCACAGAAAAGAAGAAUUUCCUCCUAUUUGAUAUGGCCACCCACCCUGUGGUAGACUCGGGCGCCAAAGAUGAGAUACGAAAACGGGUCCGAAAUGUCUGCUCGAACCGCACGGUCGUACUGCCUGCCUCACAAUUUCUACCUGCCGAUAUGGAGUUUCGGUAUCUGAGGACCAUUAGCAUGGUCUGUGCUGCGUACGCUGCCAAUGUCCUCGAGAACGCUCUGAUCACUAUGAGUCACGAAGCUCGAGAGAGAGCCUUCGCCCAAGUCGACGAACUCCUGGCUGAAUACAGCCAGUGGCCAUUCGGCAAGAGGGCUGGUGGCCAGCAGGGUAUCGGUGCCAACAUUGGGCAAGCCAUUCAGGACGAGGUCGAUAGGAACAAGGACAAGGAGUUGCAGCUCGAGGUCGUCGCUGCUUGUUUGAGCGUCUUCACUCGCCUUGACUCUCUGCUAUGA